AUGAGACGUUCCCGAGAUCGUAAACAGACCGAAAGCGUAGCACCGAACAGCCCACCCUACACCUUCCGAACGGCCCAUUACGUCACUCCCGACCUUCUCUUCCCCCACCUCGACCAAACCCACUCGUCGCCGCAGCCAGACUCCAUCCCGCCGCCGCGGCCUGCCGGCUUUCCUCUCCCGCCGCCGCCAGCCUCACUCUGGCCAGCCUCCCUUCCCCUCCGCGGCCGGCGUCCCUCCCGCACCGCCUCCAGCCUGGAUCCGACCGCCGGGCCACCUCCUUCCCCCGGAUCCGCGCACGCGCACCCCUGCACCGCCUCCUCCGCCCCUGGGUCCGGCCGCCGGCCCGCCUCCUGCCCCUGGAUCUGCCCGAGAUCGAUCCCACCGCCGCCUGCCUCCUCCCGGCACGAGGCCGCCCUCGCCUCCUCUGGCGCGAGGCCUCCUCCCGGUGCGAGGCCAGCGUCCCGCCCUCCGCUGCUGCUCCACAUCGGGUCUACCCGCCGCCGCCUCGGCUCCCCAUCGCCUCCAACCGCCGCCGCCGUCGUGGAAGAUGACCACCAACUACAGCCCGCGGCUCCUGGAACGGGAUCCCCUUGGCAGCGGCCGGCUCGAUAUCCGGCGAGGCACGUGGCCCCUCCUUCUCUGCCUCCUUUCGCGAACCUCCACGCCACUGCCGUCGACGCUCCACUCCGGCCACCAGCACACACCGUCGGAGCAACAAGGCCCCCUAUAUGCAAACUUGGCUCGACAGAGAAGUUCAUAUAUGCAAUAUUCAAAAGGAAGGAGAAGCUAUGGAAUUCAUUGUUGGGUACUAUAUGUGAAGAUGGGAAAGCACCAUUUUCAGAUUCCUUUUUUGUUGAUGCCCCAUUCCAUGCUUGUGGCAGGUGCAAAACACUCUUUUUUUGGUGGUGUGUCGUACUACAGAUUUUUUGUUGUGUUUAAUUUUUCAGUUGACUGAUAUAAAUAACUUUUGUUUAAGCGAGACAAAAAGAACUUAUCUUUGGCUUUCCCGUGUAGGUAGUUCAGGUAAGAAAAAAGAAUCCAUUCUUGUGCAUUUGUGAGAGGAAGUGUUUUUAUGAAAUUGGUGUAUUCAUGUGAGAAAAGUUUACUUAUGAAAUGAUAAAAAAAAUG